UUGUCUUGUUAAACAAGAAUCUGAUGAGCACAAAAUUCUAAAUUUCAUAGGGUGACAGUAUUUGUCUUGUUAAACAAGAAUCCGAUGAGCACAAAAUUCUGUAUUUCAUAGGGUGAGAGUAUUUGUCUUGUUAAACAAGAAUGCGAUGAGCACAAAAUUCUAUAUUUCAUAGGGUGAGAGAGUUUGUCUUGUUAAACAAGAUUCCGAUGAGCACAAAAUUCUAUAUUUCAUAGGGUGAGAGAGUUUGUCUUGUUAAACAAGAUUCCGAUGAGCACAAAAUUUUAAAUUUCAUAGGGUGACAGUAUUUGUCUUGUUAAACAAGAAUCCGAUGAGCACAAAAUUCUAUAUUUCAUAGGGUGAGAGUAUUUGUCUUGUUAAACAAGAAUUUGAUGACCACAAAGGGUGUUUUCGGGAGUCAUUCGCAGCAGCUGCCUGCAGCACUCAGUGGUGCUCAAAAGAUUUUUCUCAGAUUUUUUUCAUAAAUGUAUGUUUGAAAAUAAAGGCUAAUUUACAUCCACAAUUUAUUUGCGGACAAUUCCUGAUACAUGCGCAAUGCGACUUUUUUUAUAUCUGCCCACGUUUUUUUCUUUUUACCGUAGAGUUCAUGUUUGCCGGUUGCAUUCAACAACCCGGAUAGCAAAAUGCGCGCACAGUGCCAGACACAGGCAUGACGCAAAAGUGAUUGUGAUUUGUGAUAAUUUUAAAGUAAUUAAAAACAAAAUGAAUAGUCUAAUUGAAAGUUUGUGUGUCACAGCUGUUAUUAAUCCAAAAACAGGUGGGAUGAUUGUAAGAGAAGAGGAUCAAUUUAUACUGUGUGAGGUUCUGAAAUGUGACGGUAAGUAAAAAAAAGGUUUAUUUCUGUUAUCAUCUUCAAAUGUUAUUAACUUGAACUUUAAUUAAUUUCAUGUUGACGCCAAGUACUUCUAAUUUUUGUUUGUAAUAAAACUUGUGAUUUUUAUAAAAGUGACAUUUUUUUACUUUAGGAACCGAAACGAUGCAGUAUAUGUCGCUUGCUGAAGUCACGCAAGUUGUCGAUCUCAUGACUAAUCGUCAACCAUCAUUUCAAGAGGAGGAAUAUGUGAUCAAUGAUGAUGAUGAUGACGAUGUUGAUGAUGAAGAGAAUGAAGAAAUCGAAAAUCCAACAUUCCAAGACGAUAACUGUAUCGAGAAACAAAUCAAUGAAGAAUAUGAUGACGAUCAUGAAAAAGAUCAAGAAAUUGAAAAUUCAAAAUCGGAACUACUUCAACAACAUCGAUCUUCUAAUACAUUGGCUUUUUUAGAUCCGCGAAAUAAAAAUGUCUUCUAUUCAAUGCCGCGACCUGAAGAUAUUUUGAAUCGCAGUUCGGAAAAGGAGAACAUUGAUCCAGAUUUUUUGGAAUCUCCAUCAACUUCAUCAAAUAAUUGUGAUUCAAUUGACCCCACCGAAAAGUACGCCGAGGACGAAAACAACAACCAUGGCAACGACGACGACGAUGACGACGACGAUGAUGAUGAUGAUGAUGAUGGAGGAGAAAAUGAAGGAACUACAGAUCCAAGUAAGACGCGCAUAAUUUGGAAAAAGAAAAUGACUCGAUCAUUAAUUAAUCAUUACUCCGAACUCCAAAAAAAAUCGAAAUUGAAGGGUGUAUUAUUUUGGAAAAAAAUAAGUGAGUUGCUAAAGACGCAUGGUUAUGCAAUCCCUUACUCCAAAUGUAAGUCUAAAUGGGACGGGUUAUGCAGAAAAUACAAAAAUUGUUUGCAGAAAGUGAAAUCGACUGGUGCAAGUCCGCCCGAUUUCACCUUUUACGAUAAAAUGCAUAAUAUUAUGUUUUCCAAACCGCAAAUAAAUCCUCCGGCCAUCGCGUCAAAUAUCAGAGGCUACGAAAAACGAAUUGCAGACCAAACAAAACCAGAAAAUUCGAAUGAGGAGAAGAAGAGGAAAAUUGAGAAAAAAAGUACAACACAAAACGAAUAUAUCCAAAAAUUCAUUUCGAGCUCAGACGAAAAAUUCGUCAUAAAGAUGGAGAAGCACGAUCGAAUGAUCGACGCAAUUAACAACUUGGCCGAUGCCAUUAAAAAGAAAUAAACUUUUCUGCCGAAUGUCUGAAAAGUAUUUCAAUGAAAAUAUUAUUUUUGAUUAUUAUUAUUCAGUAUUUUUCCGCCAAAGGUAAUUUUAAGUUUCGUUUAAAAUUAUAAGUGUUUCAUUUUUCUAGUUUUUAAUUUUUUUUUAAAGUGAAUGUUGAAAUAAAAGUUUAUAUCAUUUGUUGUAUUAA